AAUCGCCAAAAUUAAUAAAAUCUAUUAUCGAUUACACAACCAAACGUAAGAACCAAAAUCCAGUAUUCUCUGCUAAAAGCCAGUCACUGUCACCAAACUCCCAACGGAAAAGAGAGAAAGCAGCACCGCUCGGAGUGGUCGGAGUCAAUCUCAUGGCGAAGGAAGCUAAACACUCUCUCAAAUCUCGCUCUUCCAAACCCACUGAAAGACCUCCCAACCAGAGAAUGGUUUUGAGGGUAAGAACAAUCGAGGGGAAUAAAAGGUUGGCAAGUCUGAGUAGUAGUAGUAUCAACAAUGAGGAAACGACAGUGAAGAAGGCGAAAACCAAGCAGAAGAAGAAAAACAAAAGCAAGAAUUUCGAUGCCAAGAAGCCUAAGAAGCCUCCAACAGCUUUCUUCUACUUCUUGGAGGACUUCCGGAAGGAGUUUCAAAAGCAAAAUCCAGGUGUCAAAUCAAUGCGAGAUAUAGGAAAGGCGUGUGGAGAGAAGUGGAAAACAAUGACGUACGAGGAAAAGGUUCAAUAUUAUGACAUCGCUACUGAGAAACGAGCGGAGUUUGAUAGAGCCACGGCAGAAUAUAUCAAGAGAAAGGAAAGUGGUGAAGAUGAAGAAACUGAGGACGAUGACUCGGAGUUCGAUGAAUAGGCCUUAAGAUUGUUGAUAUUUUGAUUUUUGAAAGAAAGAAAUGGUAUUUAUGUAGAGGUCGUAGGCAAUUGAGUUGUUUGUCUUCUCAAGACAAUUAUCUCAAACAUUCUGUGUAAAUCAGGUUUGCAAAUUGCAUGGAGGUAAUGACUAGAUUUCUCUCUUUAUUGGUAUCUUGUAUUUUGAUUUAGUCCCACCACUGAAAUAUAUGGUCCAUGGACAAUUCGUUUUGCGAGAAAUUCAUAUAUUACUAUUUACACCCCUUCA